GACUUCUCUACAUUUUGGACUGGGUGUUAGAGUAAAAAAGGAAUUGGAGGAGAGGAGAAAAAGGAUCAGGAGAUACUGCUGGCAGAUGUGCCCACACUUGCCUGAGCCGGAGCCGAGUGAGAGGCCGGGGAGUCAGGCCAGAGACAAGCGGAUCCGAGCGGGGAAGGAGGGAGCGGAGGGGCGGCAGGAGACUGAGAGGAGAGAGACACGCGGGGAAACAGCCAGUGAGAGACCCCCGCGCGCCAUGAGACAGUCCUGAGCUGCACCGAGACACCCGACAAGCAGGAGACCCCCGGGGAGCCCGAGACAUGUACUCACCCUACUGCCUGACACAGGAUGAAUUUCACCCUUUCAUCGAAGCUCUUCUCCCACAUGUCCGCGCAUUUUCAUACACAUGGUUCAACCUUCAAGCGAGGAAACGCAAGUAUUUCAAGAAGCACGAGAAGCGAAUGUCAAAGGACGAGGAGAGGGCGGUGAAGGAUGAGUUAUUGGGAGAGAAGCCUGAGAUCAAGCAGAAGUGGGCGUCUCGACUAUUGGCUAAGCUCCGUAAGGACAUCCGGCCAGAGUUCCGAGAGGACUUUGUCCUUACUAUCACCGGGAAGAAGCCUCCAUGUUGUGUCCUCUCUAACCCAGACCAGAAAGGGAAGAUCCGGAGGAUUGACUGCCUUCGUCAGGCGGACAAGGUGUGGAGGUUGGACCUGGUGAUGGUCAUCCUGUUUAAGGGGAUCCCGCUGGAGAGCACCGAUGGGGAACGUCUCUACAAGUCACCCCAAUGCUCUAACCCAGGGUUGUGUGUCCAGCCUCAUCACAUUGGGGUGUCCAUCAAAGAGCUGGACCUCUACCUGGCCUUCUUUGUUCACACACCCGAUUCUGGGCAGUCAGACGCUUCAAACCAGACUGAGGUGGAUAUAAAGCCCCCUCCAAAUGGUCAUAUGUCCUUUCAGGAUUGCUUUGUCACCUCAGGAGUGUGGAACGUCACGGAGCUUGUACGCGUGUCCCAGACACCUGUUGCUACAUCAUCUGGCCCCAACUUCUCAUUGGCUGACCUGGAGAGCCCAAGCUAUUACAAUAUAAACCAGGUGACACUUGGUAGGCGGUCCUUAGCGUCGCCUCCUUCCAGCAGUUCUACCAAGCGCCCCAAGUCUCUGGAUGACAGUGAGAUGGAGAGUCCAGUCGAUGAUGUUUUUUACCCGGGGACGGGUCGGUCGCCUGCAGCAGGAGGCAGCCAGGCCAGUGUGUGGCCAAAUGAUGUAGACACAGGGCCUGGGUCACUUAAAAAGCCAGGAAAGCUGGAUUUCUGCAGCGCUCUCUCCUCACAGACCAGUUCCUCUCGAAUGGCAUUCACCCAUCACCCUCUCCCAGUGCUGGCAGGAGUGAGACCAGGAAGCCCUCGGGCAUCAGCGUCUGCUCUCCACUUCCCCUCAACGUCCAUCAUCCAGCAAUCCAGUCCUUACUUCACCCAUCCAACAAUACGCUAUCAUCACCAUCAUCAUACCCAGGACUCUCUUAAAGAGUUUGUUCAGUUUGUCUGCUCAGACACCUCUGGCCAGGGGUCAGGACAGCCCAGCAGCGGGGCCCAAGGGAAAAUGUCGGGUUCCUUUUUGCUGCCACCCCCUGCACCUGUGGCCCGGCCUGUCCCCCUUCCCCUGCCAGACACAAAACCUAUCACCAGCAACAACUCUGUCUUAGAAGGAGGACUGUCUUCUCCAGCAUCGCCCUCAUUCUCAGCGCCUUCCCCCGCCGGGUCCAACAGGUUUGUCACAAUUGGAUCACGAGACACCAACUUACUGAACCUCCCCCAGCAGUCUCAAUCCUGGUUCCUUUGAUAUUACCGCCAAGCUGCGAAUUUGCGAGCUGAAGGAACAACAUUUCGUGACACAGAAGCCCACCCUUUACACACCGAUCCCCCCAUCUCUCCGCCCCCCGCGUGACAACAGGACAACAACUUCCCCCCAGAACAAGAACCGACCAGCAAAACGCUCACGGAGUGUGUGGGAUGGAAACUCCCUUACUGGGGCGAACUUUUUCAUGUCUGCGCUGCCUAGCACCCCUCUCAUAGUGAAGGUUUAAACCACUCAUGUUUCACCCUUCCCUCGCCUCUGCCAGACUAUCAUGUAUUGUCAGUGUUUGUUCCCUUUCUCAUUCGCACUCUUUCCCCCCAAGGAGAAAAGAUUGAGCUGUGGGACAUUGGUCUCUAUUGGGUGACACAGUUAGGUAAGGGCAGGGCUUCCCUCCCAGGUCAGGGAGACAGGUUGAAAGACAAAAAUACUACAUUUCCUAAAAAGUCGAAUUAAUUUGUGACCACUGUUUCCAAAUGAUUGGAAUCCACCGGAAUAUAAGCCUUUUCCCAAUAGCAUUUAUACAGCUUGUUCUGUUUGUUCUCUCAACCUCCACUUUCCUUUCAGUAAAGCAAAAAAACAGAAAUAGAAAAUAAUCCUAUCGAUGAUUUCCCCCCCCCCUUUCUUUACAGCUGAGUUAAUAAAUAUGCAUCAUCUUCGCCUGGGCCUAAAAAAAAAACGAGGGACAAGGAUAGAACUUUAAACACUUAAGUGCAAUGAUUAAAAUUAGCGUAGAAUGUUUUUUUUUUUCUUCUUAAGGUUAAUAUUUAAAUGAGCGAAAAUACAUUGUUAUUUUCUUGUAAAACUGGCACAAAAAAAAUUGCUUUCUUUUUAAAAAUGUAAAGUCCGUAUCGCCCAGUGGACUCUAAAAAACUUGGGGAGCUGUCUGCCAUCAGACAUUAAGACUUUUGUUUUAAAACUUAUUUUCUUGCACUAAAUACGAUUUUUCUUUUUUUUCCCCCGCAUGUUUUUCUCCCAUUGCACUAUUACUUUUUUUAAACGAAUAAUUUG